AUGUUGUUUUCCUUGGCGUACGCCCUAAGCGCGGCGACGGUCCACCGCGGCGUCGGAUUUUCGCCUGGCCGCGCCGAAACGGAGCGCGAGCGCUUCGAUCGCGACUUCCGCGGCGAUGCUGAUGCCUUUCUUGGCGAUGCUGAUGCCUUUCUUGGCGAUGCUGAUGCCUUUCUUGGCGAUGCUGAUGCCUUUCUUGGCGAUGCUGAUGCCUUUCUUGGCGAUGCUGAUGCCUUUCUUGGCGAUGCCGAUGCCUUUCUUGGCGAUGCCGAUGCCUUUCUUGGCGAUGGCUUCGAUGGGCUCGCCGGCUUGCGGGCUGCAGGGGACUGCGCGGGGCCGCGUUUAGUUGGGAGCACGGACUUCGUUGGAGUUCCUCGCUUUGGCGAUUUUGCACGCAAUAUGCCGUUUGUUGAGGGGCUUCCACCACGCUUCGGCGUCGACUUACGCGGCGUCGCUGACGUCUUCGAGCGGACUUCACGCUUCGGAGUGGCAGAGCUGUUCGCUGGCAUACGGUCUGAGCGACGGGAGGGUGAGCGGGAGGUGGAGCGACUGCGAGGCUUCGUGGGCUGCGGGGAAUUUGUUGCAGCGUUGGGUGCCACUGUCUGUCGCCGCGGCGCGGUGGGCGUUGCACCGACGCUUCUCAAGAGUUUCGCACGCGUCUUGGGCGUCAUUGGCGUUGACUUCUUCGCCGAGGCCUUCGCCUUGGCAAUCACGCAACUCACGGAGUCGCGCGGCGGCGGCGUCGCCUCGCUCGGCCGAAUGUUGCCAUCAUCGUCGUAG